AUGAAUUCGCCGCUCUCCAGCAGUGCCACAGUCGAGCUCCGCAAGACCGACGUUGCGAUUGAGAUUCCAGAAUUUCAACUUGAUUUACAAAGGAAAGGUAAUAUCAGUCGGCUGAAGGAGUUCUACUUGCGAAGGCUCUCGCAAAGCGAAACUGCUGCAGUUUCACGGCUACGGGCGAAGUCGGCGACCUUCUCGAGUCCACGAUGGUCGCCUAGGACAAGCGCCAACGACAUCGAAUGGGACAUUGCCAGUAACAAAGGCUUCAGCAAGGCCUCUGAGACCGGCUCGAGUGAUUUUCAGCUUUCUCCGACAUCCGACCUGCGAGAGUGUACCAAAGCUGUACCUCAGAAAAGUAUGGUGGAAUUGGAUGCGAAGCUCGGGACAGUAAUGGCCGCCCUGGAAAGCAGGAUCCUCAACUGCCUGGAGCCGAACGCAAUGCGUCACCUCAAGCAGCUCAGGCAUCAUCUUGAAACCGCUUUGCGCUGGACCUCUCCUGAUCUCACCCUGCUUGGGGAGCAAACAGCCCAGCAGGUGAAGCAAUUGAAUGGGACAGCCCGUGUUCUGGCCCCUGGAGUUUAUGUGUUCUCGAAACGCGCGGAGCACUUGAUCAUUCAGAAGGAGAGAUUCUUGAAGAAGAUGGCCAAGAAGUUGGCCGGCAAUGGUGCAUGCGGCGGUUCUCGAACAUACUACUCUGCAGAUAUGCCAGACUGGCGGCUACCUGCGUCUCAGUACAGGACCGAGUCCACCGUUGUCAGCGAGAUGGACAGUGACUAUGGUACCGGGACAGUAUAUGCUGACACAGUUAUCACCUGGGAUGGCCCUGACGUUGGCAACAUUCAGGAGGCCAACGAUUACCUGGCAUCGAAAAAUGAGGAUGAGCAGCGACGGUGGUUUUACUCACAAUGCCUUGCAGCAAAGAUGAGUGCUGCGGAUCAGGAUAAAGCCAGAAAAGUCUUGAUCUCUGACCUUUACCUCAAAGUAAAAGCUGCUGCGCUACCAGUCGGAAGUUGGGCCACAUUCAUUAAUGGCGAGCUUGCACCUGCCACGGCAUAG